GCUAGAAGAAUGUAUGGCUCCAGGCUCAGAGCUUAUUCGAUAAAGUUAACGAAAUGGAUGGUUCGUCUGCUUCUGCCUUCUACAAUGCUCUUACCAACAUGCUCAGAUGCUCUGGCACUUUGGUCAGGAAAGAUCACACUGAUAUUGUGAAGGCCAAGUUUUGGAAUUGAUUUUCGUGUGUUUCUAGUAGUGCACAGGCUUGAUUUUGAAAACGGAAACGAGGCGCUCAACUGGUGGCGCUUUAGGAGAGAUCUAGGCAAGUUUGGGAGAACGUGUGGUCUAAGUCUUGCUUGAAUUUGCACAUUAUGUUUUCUGGUGCUGCAUGCCAAAUGGUCCAUGUUUGGUUGCUUAACAUACGCUCCAUUGUCUGUGAAGGAAGGUCAUGAGUUACCUAAACUAUUGAGCAUAUUGACUGGUUGGGGGAAACACAUCAAAAUGGUUGGAGACGGAGCACUAAGGCCAGCCGUUGAAGCGCUUUUGAGGGGAAUAGACGCACCGUUCUACCUCUCAAAAUACAACAUGGGAUGGUUCACAUCAAGCGGUUCGGUCGGAGCAACUUGGCUGCGUGAAUCAGCUACGCUUCAAACUCUUAAUCGUCCAUGACCAGAUAACCACCAAAGCUAGCACAACAAGGAGAUCAACAGAACAACAUGAACAAGUUACAAACCUCCCUCAUUUUGCUGCCUCUUCUUUUGUAGAAGUACAUUGUGUGAUGUAACAAUGUAUGACCAUCAAAUCUAUGUUUUAUUCCCAAUAAUGUUGGGAAUCUGUGCUAAUAUUUUGUAACAAUCAACGCAAAAUAAUUAUGUGCACGUGGUUUUUGUUUAACCAGAUAAUGACGAAUCAAAUUUCAGACUAAUCUUUUGUAAAAUGC